AUGGGAAAUAUUUGUGAUGGGAUGAAAAAUAAAGAUAGUACAAUAAGUGAAAGAAUAAUAGGAUGUUAUUCAAAUAUAUUAGAUAUUGCAUCUGUGAUCAGUAUAUGUAUUGAAUAUUCAAGAUAUUCUACUAUUUUCACAAUGUAUAGGUCAUUAGGGAAAAAGACAAUUGAAGCAUUUCGCAUUGUUUCACAUAACAUUCUCAAACAUGGAAUCACACCAACAAGUUUAAUUGAAGAAAGCAUGAAGAACAAUAUUGAAAUGCUUAUCACAAAUGCAGAAAGAUGUAAUGCAGAAGGAGAUGAUAAAGAAAUAAUUAAGAUAGUAUUUAAUAAUACAUAUGGAAUGACAUUAAUUGAAGCAUUAUUAUUUGUAAAGACAAAACAAUAG